AUGGGAAACGAACAAAGUACCGAAGGACAGGUUCAAACACCUGAUCAGGUCCCGAAUGCGGAUGCAGGACACAACGAGGUUGCCGAGCAAGUUGUGUCGGCACAAGAACCUGGAGAAGGACCCAAGGCAAGCAGCUCCAAAGAUCCACCGCCAGUCCCACUUCAAGCGACCGACCAUGGAUUUUCCCGAUAUCUCUCAGGUCUCGGUGAUUUCUUCAGCGGCGACAGCUCGGGGGCAGUUUCGGCGUCGUCCGAGGUGGUGAACAACAUUGGGUCCUAUAUGUCGCUCGAAGCCGUGAAAGAGGCAUUAACUGGUGAAGAAGACAGGGCGGAAGGGGGAUCGUCUUCGGCAAAGGAAGAACCUUCUCAGGAGCCUCCCGCAGAUGAUGUGAAGGAGGAAGAAGACAAAGAGCAGCAGACUAGCGCUUCUGGGAUCACUUCGUAUUUGACUACGAGUCUCGAUGGUGUGUCAGGGCUGUUCCGCUCAAUGACGCAAGAAGGCACUGUGUUGGCCGCAGAAGCUUCCGCAGCAGCUCAGGAUACAGGGGCCUCACUCCAAUCAUACCUCACUGUGAGUCUGGAAGGAGUGACUGCCUUGUUCAAGUCCGGAUCUUCCGAAAACAAUGAAGUACCUCCUUCUGUGCAGGACACAGGGGAAACAGUCCCCCUUCCGAGCGCUGAUGCAGGAGUCUCUGCUACCGAAGAGACAUCAGGAGUCUCUGCUACCGAAGAGACAUCAGGAGUCUCUGCUACCGAAGAGACAUCAGGAGUCUCUGCUGCCGAAGAGACAUCAGGAGUCUCUGCUACCGAAGAGACAUCAGGAGUCUCUGCUACCGAAGAGACAUCAGGAACCAGCAACGCUGAAUAA